CUCCGCGCGGCUCGGGCGCAGAGUGGAGACUCCAACAGGAAAGGCGCCGGCCAGCGGUCGCCGGCACGAGAAGCCGAGCUUCAGGGCUCUUUUCUAGAACUAGCUUGGGAAUGAUAUUUUCACCAUGAGCCGACAAGGUUAUGUGGCCACACCUCCUUACUCUCAGUCCCAGCCAGGAAUCGGCCUUUCUCCUCCUCAUCACGGACACUAUGGGGACCCUUCCCAUGCCACUUCUCUACCAGGGAUGAUGAAGCCACCAGGGCCUUUGGGGGCAGCUGCCCCUGGGGUGAUGCUACCUUCCCCACCUCCUGGACCACAGCAGUUUGGCCAGAAUGCACCUCACGCCUCCAACGCUCCAGGCCUGCCUCCCCAAAGAUUCACAGGCCCUGCACCUGUGCACAGUGUGGCCUCCGCCUGCGCCCCCUACCAACCCUCUGCACAGCCGUCCUACCCGAGUCCCGCGCCCACGUCACCCAUCACCCAGCUGGGCGGCCAGCUCGGGGCCAUGCAGCUCAACAGCCACGGUCCCAGCGCGGUCCCCGCCGGCCCUCCCGCGUUCCCAGGCCCUCCGCAGCCCGCGCCGCCCUCCAUUCUGCAGCCCGGGCCGCGGGUGCUGCCGCCACCGCCCACUGCGCUGAACGGCCCUGGUGCGCCCCCGCCAGCUGCAGGCACAGCCUUCCCGCCGCAGGCUGCCGGCUUUGGYCCGCAGAUGGGCGCGCCCGCGUCCUACCCUGGAGGCCUCGCCCCGGGCCCUGCGCGCAUGGCUGGGCCACAGCCCCCGAAGCAGCUGGACCCUGAYGCUGUCCCCAGCCCGAUCCAGGUGAUCGAGAGUGACAGAGCAGCCAGAGGGGGACAAGUGUAUGCCACCAAUACCAGAGGCCAGGUCCCGCCCCUGGUCACCACCGACUGUGUGAUUCAAGACCAAGGCCAUGCCAGUCCCCGGUACAUCCGCUGCACCACCUACUGCUUCCCCAGCUCCUCGGACCUGGCCAAGCAGGCGCAGGUCCCGCUGGCUGCCGUCCUCCAGCCCUUCGCCACGCCCCCUGCUGACGAGACACCCCUUUACCUGGUGGACCAUGGAGAGAACGGGCCAGUCAGAUGCAACAGGUGCAAGGCCUACAUGUGUCCCUUCAUGCAGUUCAUCGAGGGCGGCAGGAGGUACCAGUGUGGGUUCUGCAACUGUGUGAAUGAAGUCCCACCAUUCUAUUUCCAACAUCUGGACCACCUUGGGAGAAGACUGGACCACUAUGAGAAGCCCGAGCUGUCGCUGGGGUCUUACGAGUACGUCGCCACGUUGGAUUACUGCAGGAAGAACAAGCCUCCCAGCCCGCCGGCCUUUAUCUUCAUGAUCAACGUUUCCUAUAGCAACAUCAAGAGUGGGCUGGUCAAGCUCAUCUGCGAGGAACUGAAGACGGUGCUGGAGCGGCUUCCAAGGGAAGAGCAUGAAGAGUCGUCUGCGGUCCGCGUGGGGUUUAUCACCUACCACACAGUUCUUCACUUCUUCAACGUGAAGAGCAACUUGGCCCAGCCUCAGAUGAUGGUGGUGACGGACAUUGGAGAGGUCUUUGUUCCUCUGCUGGAUGGGUUCCUCGUCAACUAUCAAGAGUCCCAGUCGGUGAUUCACAACUUGCUGGACCAGAUUCCAGGGAUGUUUGAAGACUCCAAUGAGAAUGAGGCCGUCUUCGCUCCUGUGGUCCAGGCGGGCAUGGAGGCUCUGAAGGCGGCAGAGUGUCCUGGCAAGCUGUUCAUCUUCCAUUCCUCCUUGCCAACUGCUGAGGCGCCAGGGAAGCUCAAAAACAGAGACGACAAGAGACUGCUCAACACAGACAAGGAGAAGAUUCUUUUCCAGCCCCAAACCAGUGUCUAUGAGUCUCUGGCCAAAGACUGUGUGGCCCAUGGCUGCUCUGUGACCCUCUUCCUCUUCCCCAGUCAGUAUGUGGAUGUGGCCUCCCUGGGCCUUGUUCCUCUGCUCACCGGGGGAACUCUUUACAAGUACAGCAAUUUCCAGAUGCACUUGGAUAGCCAGCAGUUCCUGAAUGACCUCAGGAGUGACGUGGAGAAGAAAAUAGGCUUUGACGCCAUCAUGCGGGUGCGGACCAGCACAGGUUUCAGAGCCACAGACUUCUUUGGUGGGGUCUUCAUGAACAACACCACGGACGUGGAGAUGGCUGCCCUGGACUGUGACAAGGCGGUGACGGUGGAGUUCAAGCAUGAUGACAGGCUCAGUGAGGACAGUGGYGCCCUGAUCCAGUGUGCUGUGCUUUACACCACCAUCGGGGGUCAGCGGAGACUUCGGAUUCACAACCUCGGCUUAAACUGCAGCUCCCAGCUAGCAGAUCUUUACAAGAGCUGUGAGACGGAUGCCCUCAUCAACUUCUUUGCCAAGUCAGCUUUUAAAGCAGUUCUACACCAGCCUUUGAAAGUCAUCCGGGAAAUCCUAGUUAAUCAGACUGCACACAUGUUGGCGUGUUACCGCAAGAACUGCGCCAGCCCGUCUGCAGCGAGCCAGCUCAUUCUACCAGACUCCAUGAAGAUAUUGCCAGUGUACAUGAACUCCCUGUUGAAAAGCUGUGUGCUGCUCAGCAGACCAGACACCCCUACGGAUGAGCGGGCCUUCCAGAGGCAGCUGGUCAUGACCAUGGGRGUGGCCGACUCCCAGCUCYUCUUCUACCCACAGUUCCUGCCGAUCCACACCUUGGAUGUCAAGAGCACAGCCUUACCUGCUGCAGUCCGCUGCUCCGAGUCCCGCCUCUCAGAAGGAGGGAUCUUCCUUCUGGCCAAUGGUCUGAACAUGUUCUUGUGGCUGGGAGUGAGCAGCCCACCAGAGCUGAUCCAAGGGAUUUUUAAUGUGCCAUCUUUUGCACAUGUCAGUACAGAUAUGACUGUGCUGCCUGAGGUGGGAAGCCCACACUCUCAACAGCUCCGGAUGAUCAUGGGUGUUAUCCAGCAGAAGAGGCCGUAUUCCAUGAAGCUCACCAUAGUGAAGCAGCGGGAGCAGCCAGAGAUGGUUUUCCGACAGCUCCUGGUGGAGGACCGGGGGCUGCACGGAGGGUCCUCCUACGUGGAUUUCCUCUGCUGUGUUCACAAGGAGAUAUGCCAGCUGCUCAGCUAGCCAGUGCUGGGUGCUGCACUUCUGGGGAAGCGGUCUCUGGGCGCCCACUUUUCUAGAAAGCAGCAGGCUCACUCUGAUGCCCGCCACCCUGCAGGGACGCAAUGGGGGAUCUGAGAAGGUGCCCUCGUGUCAUGAAGGGAAGAGCCUAUUUCUGACUGCAGUUUUUAAUUUUUAAAACUGAUGGAGUUUGCAUUUGAUGAAGAGCAGAGUUUACAGAACAUAACAUUCUCAAUUUCCUUUGUGCUAUAGAUAUAUAAAUUAUUUUUCAAACUGUAUAGAUUUGGGGUAAAAGAUUGUAUUGGUUCCUCUCCUAUUUCCAGUGAGGGGAAAAACUUAAUUUUUACAUUAUACCUAAUUUUUUAAAACCACAUAGCUCCAUUGAACACACUUUUCAAUUGAGAUUAGCAGAUUUUAAUAAUGUGGAUUCUAUCUAGUAGAACAAUGUAUGCUCUACUUUUUUUCAUAAUUACAUACUAUCUAUGUUUAACCUAUUUUCCAGUUGUUUUGUCUUAAAACUGUAUUAAUAUUCUUAAUGGUUCUUUGUACAAUUUUGGCAGUUUCUACCUGUAUAUAAUGGAUCUUUACCAUAUCAAUAA